GGCUGGGAGCGGGUCUGGCGGCUGAGCCCGAGGGGCCGCCCAGGGAGCCUGCCGCCGGCGCCACCGCAGCCUCCUCCUGCUCCCCCCGCAGCCCUGGCCCUUCCCCGCCGCAAUGGGCAGUGGGCGAGGCGCCAGGCGGUAGGCAGGCAGCAGAGAGAGAGAGAGAGAGAGAGAGAGAGAGAAGGCAGAGAGGGACCCCGGGAAGGAGGGAGAAGGUCCAGGGAUGCGCGGAAGACAAGAUAUCUUCAGCUUGUAGAACUCAUGUUAAAGAAUUGGUUGCCUUCUGGAAGAAUACUGUGAAGCCAUUUGCCAACAAUAGCAACUGGAACAGAGGCUAAAUAUCCCACUUAAGUGUGAUUAAUUUCUUAUUAAGUAGUACCUCACAUUAUAGUAAAAAUGUACGGAAGUGCAAGAACAAUCAGUAACUUGGAUGGCAGUCCUGCCAGAUCCCCUCGUUUGCCAAGAUCUCCUCGUCUGGGCCAUCGGAGAACAAGCAGUGGAGGAGGUGGAGGGACAGGUAAGACGUUAUCGAUGGAGAACAUCCAGUCACUUAAUGCCGCCUAUGCAACUUCUGGACCAAUGUAUCUGAGUGAUCAUGAAGGUGUGGCAUCCACUACUUUCCCAAAGGGCACAAUGACUCUUGGAAGGGCUACGAAUCGAGCUGUGUAUGGUGGUCGAGUUACAGCUAUGGGCAGCAGUCCUAAUAUUGCUUCAGCUGGCCUUUCCCAUUCAGAUCUCCUUUCCUAUACUGACCAACAUGGAGGACUAACCACUGCUUCACAUCAUCACCAUCAUCAGAUUCCUUCUAUGCUUAGACAGGUAAGGGAUAGCACCAUGCUAGAUCUACAGGUUCAGCUUAAGGAAUUACAGAGAGAGAAUGAGCUCCUAAGGAAAGAACUGGACAUCAAAGACAGUAAGCUUGGCUCUUCCAUGAAUAGCAUCAAGACUUUCUGGAGUCCAGAGCUCAAAAAGGAAAGAGUCUUGAGGAAAGAAGAAGCUGCCAGAAUGUCUGUACUGAAAGAGCAGAUGAGGGUUUCUCAUGAGGAGAAUCAGCAUCUUCAGCUAACUAUUCAGGCAUUGCAAGAUGAGCUACGGACUCAGAGAGACCUUAACCAUCUUCUCCAACAAGAAAGUGGAAACAGAGGUGCUGAACACUUUACCAUUGAACUUACAGAGGAGAAUUUUCGAAGGCUUCAGGCUGAGCAUGACAGACAGGCAAAAGAGUUAUUCCUCUUGAGAAAAACCCUGGAAGAAAUGGAGCUGAGAAUUGAAACUCAGAAGCAGACACUAAAUGCCAGAGAUGAAUCCAUUAAAAAGCUUCUAGAAAUGCUGCAGAGCAAGGGGUUGCCAUCCAAAGGAAUGGACGAUGACAAUGAACGAACUCGAAGGAUGGCUGAGGCCGAAUCUCAGGUUAAUCACUUAGAAGUGAUUUUAGACCAGAAAGAGAAGGAAAACAUACAUCUGAGAGAGGAACUGCACAGAAGGACUCAACUUCAGCCUGAGCCUGCAAAGACGAAAGCUCUUCAGACAGUCAUAGAGAUGAAGGACACAAAAAUAGCAUCACUGGAGCGUAAUAUCAGAGACCUUGAAGAUGAAAUACAGAUGUUGAAAACGAAUGGAGUUCUGAACACAGAAGAUAGAGAAGAGGAAAUCAAACAAAUAGAAGUUUACAAGAGUCACUCAAAGUUCAUGAAAAAUAAAAUUGACCAGCUGAAGCAGGAGCUUUCAAAGAAAGAGUCAGAACUUCUUGCCUUACAAACAAAGCUUGAAACCCUUAGCAAUCAGAAUUCAGAUUGCAAGCAACACAUUGAAGUGCUUAAAGAGUCGCUUACUGCCAAAGAACAGAGAGCUGCCAUACUUCAGACAGAGGUUGAUGCCUUGAGAUUACGUUUAGAAGAGAAAGAAAGUUUUCUUAAUAAAAAAACCAAACAACUGCAAGACCUCACAGAAGAAAAGGGAACUCUGGCCGGAGAAAUACGAGAUAUGAAAGACAUGUUAGAAGUCAAAGAAAGAAAAAUUAAUGUUCUUCAAAAAAAGAUUGAAAAUCUUCAAGAACAACUUAGAGAUAAAGACAAACAACUAACCAAUUUGAAAGAUCGUGUGAAAUCACUGCAGACUGAUUCCAGUAACACAGACACUGCUCUAGCAACACUGGAAGAAGCUCUCUCAGAGAAGGAGAGAAUUAUGAGCGAUUAAAGAACGAGGGAAAGAGAUGACCGUGAAAGGAUUGAAGAAAUUGAAUCCUUUAAAAAAGAAAACAAAGACCUAAAGGAAAAAGUGAAUGCUUUACAAGCAGAGCUACAGAAAAAGAGGUCAUCUAGCUUAAUUGACCUCAAAGAACAUGCAUCAUCAUUGGCUUCAGCAGGGCUGAAAAGAGACUCCAAGUUAAAGUCUUUAGAAAUAGCCAUAGAACAAAAGAAGGAGGAGUGUAGUAAGCUAGAAGCACAGCUCAAAAAGGCUCAUGAAGCUGAAGAAGAAGCACGAAUGAACCCUGAAUUUGCAGACAGGAUGAAGCAGCUUGAUAAAGAGGCAGUCUACUAUAGAGAAGAAUGUGGCAAGGCUCAAGCUGAAGUCGACAGGCUUCUAGAAAUCCUCAAGGAAGUAGAAAAUGAAAAAAACGACAAAGAUAAGAAAAUUGCUGAGCUGGAAAGCUUGACUUCCAGACAUAUGAAGGACCAAAACAAGAAAGUGGCCAACCUGAAGCACAACCAACAAAUGGAAAAAAAGAAAAAUGCCCAGUUGUUAGAAGAGGUUCGUAGACGUGAAGAUAAUAUGACAGACAACUCUCAGCAUUUGCAGUUAGAAGAACUAAGGAAUGCACUGGAUAAGACCAGACAAGAACUGGAUGCCACCAAAGCACGCCUUGCCUCAACACAGCAGUCUCUGGGCGAGAAAGAAGCACAUCUGGCCAAUUUAAGAAUAGAGCGGAGAAAACAGUUAGAAGAGAUACUGGAAAUGAAACAGGAAGCACUGCUUGCUGCCAUCAGUGAAAAGGAUGCAAACAUUGCCUUGCUUGAACUGUCUGCUUCAAAGAAAAAGAAAACCCAAGAAGAAGUGAUGGCUUUGAAAAGAGAAAAAGACAGAUUAGUCCACCAGUUAAAACAGCAGACCCAGAAUAGAAUGAAACUGAUGGCAGACAACUAUGAUGAUGACCAUCACCACUACCACCACCAUCACCACCACCAUCACCACAGAUCACCUGGGAGGACACAACACUCGAAUCACAGACCCUCUCCAGAACAGGAUGAUGAGGAGGGUAUAUGGGCAUAACCUGUUCCUAUAAACCAAAGUUCCAGUUUUGUUUUGAGGGAUGAUCCAGUCACUGUUGGAGGCACAUUGCCACGGCAAAAUCUCAUGCUGUACAUUGAUCACCUGUCCAACCUUUGCCUAGAGUGUGAUCCCCAGUUCCUUCAAGAGAUCCAACUUUACCUGUCUGUAACGAAGAGGAGGAGGGAGACAUCUGGGAUAACCAAGCAUCAGAGCAUUAACACCAGAGCAGUUAUCAGAGGAGCUGGAGAGAGAAGCAAACGAUAUGCAGCACUGCAGGUUGAUCAGAGGAGAAAGAAGAAGAUGAUGAUGAUGAUGAUGAUGAUGAUGAUGAUGAUGAUGAUCUGCAGUGGGACUCUGAAUGCAAUCACCGCUCUGUCCCAAAAAGUUCACAGAAGUGGGUGGAGCACAUGAAGGUUGCCAUCAAACAAUAUGCUGCAUAAGCAGAUGUCUUCUCCAUUGUUUCUUGUAAUCUAUUAUGAAGUUAGAUACUUUGGAAAACAAUUAAAGGGGCUUCAACAGAAAUUAGAAGAACUUCAUUACUUUUAAUGGGGUCAUAUGAAUUGUUCCUUUUUUUCCAGCUGAGCUACAUCUGAACAUUACUCAAUGAAGUUCACUGAAACAGUUCAUUGACAGAUUUGUAUUAAUUUUAAUGUGUAAUUGAGGUUCCACUAGUUUGCAAUGUCACCAUCUGCUGAUUCUGGUUAGUUUCUUCUAAAGUAUCACUUCUAAUGCAUUAGAUUAUUAUAGGACAAGAAAGCUGUUACAUAAUGAUGUCAGCAUUAAACAUACCCACAGCAAUGUGGCUUUUUAGGGUAAUAGAAACAUCUUUGCCCUCCUCUGUUUCUUAUGUUAUUCAAACUAUUUUGAUGAUGUAACUACCAGUAUUAAGCUCUGGGCCAGGUUGGAAAUGAAAUCAAUUUUUGGUACUAAUAUCUGUUGGCAUAUGACAAUUUGGUGUGUGUCUCUGACAAUGCAUGGGGAAUCUAACAGUGCAAUCCUAUACAUAUCUACAUAGAGGUAAGUACCAUUGAGUUCAUUAGUGCUUAUUCAUAGCUAAGUGUGUAUAGGAUUGCAAUCUAAAUUGGCUUGAAAUCAUUUAUAUACAGUGGUGGAUGUAUGUCUGGAUGAUAAAAGCUUGAAGCAAGCAUGUGUACACAUAUCUGUAUACAUAUUAUACAAACAUCUGUGAGGAUGUAUCAAACUUUUAUUGUCCAAAUGCACAACAUACUUCAUAUAAAAGCUGGGACUCUUGAUUUUUUAAAAAUUAAAAUAAGAAUGUUGUGAUUAUUUGAUAUAUGCAUUAGGUCUCCUUUAUGAGAAGGGACCAUACAUUGUUGUUUUCUGAACAGGACAGCAAUGCUUACCAUACUUUAUAUUGUAUUUUAGAUGUUAAGCAAAAUAUGUGUCAAUGAAUGAGGAGAUAAUUGACUAUUAUCUCCAUCAUGAAACAAAUGAUAAUAAAUGUGAACAAGUUAAAGCACAUGCCAGGAGAGAAAAGCUUGGGGUGGAGGAACCCUGAAGCUGUUAAAUGCAGGGACAGACUAUUAUUGAUGAUUAAAUAUCUGCUGUUUUCCCAAAGCAAAAGUCUCCCUCUUAAUAAGCAUUUUCAUUCAGUCUGGCUUAGGUGUGCAUACAAGUGUUUUGUUCUUUCAUUGGCACAACUCUUUGCCAGUGGAAGGAGCAUUUUGAGGCUCAUAUAAAUGGAUAUUGACUAUCAGCAGUUCUAAAAAAAUAAAAUAAAUAAAGUGAAAAUCGAACAACAUGUGAAAUCAACUCAACCGUUCUCCUCUGAAACUUCCUUUCAUUUUAGUAAAAUAUGUACUGGGUUUUGUGGAAAUGAAUGGAAGUCAUGCAGCAGUAUUACUUAGUGGGUUGCCUCCCCAUGAAAUCAAACAUGUGUGGCCUUAAUUCUUAGUAUUUUUUUUUUGUCUUUUUCUUUGCUGCUGUGAGAAAAAAAAAAUCUGAACAGGAUAUUCCUAAAACCUUGCACUGAAUUUAGAAAAAAAAUAUUAUUGCUUUCAGAAAGUUAGUGCAAUUAAUCCUGAUCAUCCUUUAUGAGCCAUACAUAUUAACCCCCCCUCCCAGAAAUUAUGAUUUAUCUAGAAAACACGAAUUUAUUAGAUGAGUGCACCAUCAUCCUUGAUGAAAUUAAAGACCCACAGAAAGCAAGCUAAAUUUCUCCUUGGAAUUCAAUACAUGAAAUAACAAAUCUGUAUAAAAUCUGUAUAGCAUAGAUAAUCCAUAUCCAGUUUUGUUUUGCUUUGUUUUAAAAGUUUGUCCUUUAUCGAUGACAUUUUAAACUUUUGGGGUUUCUUUUUGUUUUGUUGGGUUUGUUUAAAAUGCAAAGCUCCUGGGAGUUUCUUUAGCACAUAUGACAAAUGUUGCACUUGCGAACUUGGACAACAAAAGUGUUUCUUUGAACAAAGUUGUUGUCCUAGUAAGGGACAGCUGUCUGGGCACAAUCCUCAAGGGAGUUCUUGGGUGCAAGCUCCACUGAAGUGAAAGGGACAAGAGGAAGCUUAGGAUGAGAAGUGGACCACUUCCUUUUUCAGUCCCAUGGGGCUUGGGCAAGAAAGCUUUGCAGAAGAUCAUGCCUUCUGUGUCUCUUACAGUCAGGUCUUUACCUUAAUUCUGCAACUGAAUACUUGAAGUAGGAAAUAAACUAGGAAAACAUAGGGUCUUUAAAAAUCAAAACUGUAUAGCUAGAUAUUUAUAUGUGUGUGCCAAUUUUGUCACAGAUAUUAUUUUGGGGGCGUUGGUUUUUUUUGCUCCGCUCAUUGGUAAGAGUAUUGAUUCUAACUUUUAUCAAGGCCUAAGACUUAGCCUGUAUAGAAGAAAAUUUUGUCUAACAUUAACUUUUUUCCCCUCUUUUUUCAUUUCACCUAGUAUUCUAUGAUGUUUAGAGGGGGAAUCUUUUCAUACAGUAAAAUAGAAUCUCUGGGUUUACAACAAACACUGUGAUGUUGGGCAAACAUUUUACUCGAGCAAUGUUUGGUAGUUUUGUCCUCCCCUUUCAGUGUAAAAAACAAACAAACAACAAUUUUUGGGUUAACAUUUAAGAUGAGUAUUAUUUUACUGUGGGAUCAAGCUUGUACUGCAUAUUCUUUCAUUUAAAUGUACAAAUGGAAUUUUGUAUUUAAAUGACUUUUGUGUAUCUAGUAUGCACGUAAAUGCACAUUGACUUUCAUUUGAAAGUGGGUUUUAAUUUCCUUUUUAAAACAGUGUUUAUGAAAAGACUACUGAUGUGUCACAACCUAUAUCUGCAUUUUCCUUUGGUGUAGAGUGAUUGUUUGAAUGUGAUGUUUUGCAGCAAUGGGUCAGUAUUCCCUAUUUACCUUCGACCCUCAUUUGAUAGUGCUUCUUGUAAUAAUUUUCUUCAAGUGAGUGGCAUGUUCUGGAUUGUGAUCUCAACAUAUGGUUAAGGACAUUGAUAUGAAAAACUAAGGAAUCCUUAGAAAUUACCAGUGGGCAUGUUUUAGAACAGUCAUUGUACUUUUAAUGUCUUGUAGAAGUGUUAAGUACCAAGGUAUUUAAAGUUCAUAACAUUGUUAUCAUGUAUAUGAGAAGUGCUUGGUGUUGAUCAGCUUGUUUAUAUUCAUCAAAUAAAUCUGGUUUCUUUCUGAACAA